UGAGGGAACGCGUUUGAACGCUCCCCGCAGCUAGAUGGGGAUCAUUAUUUGUGUUUUACUGGCACCGCCAGUCGUGUUCGUCGCUCCGAAGACGCUGUUACUCCUCGGUUAAUUGGAUUAAUCGCGAGUUCGCACCCGUAGAUACCACCGAAAGGGUUCCGUUCCGUUACGAAAAUCUUAGCACCUGCUGACAUUCAAUCGGUUGACCAAAGAUAAUGCCGACAGCGCGGGAGCAGUUCUUUAACGCCGGCGAUGGUGUCGCUGGCAUUGGGCUCGGCAUCGAGAUUGGAGAGGCCAACUCUGGACGAGUCUACAAUGUCACCACAGUGCCGUUGACCAGUGCGAGCAAUUGGCGCAAUGGUCAGACGAACACAGCCACCAGCAGCACUUCCGCUAACCCAACUCCACCUCAAGUGGCAUACAGCAAUGGAGCAGCGGCCAGCAAGCAGCCACCACUGGAGCCUGUGGCCGAGGAGGAGGUGCACUUUGACACGGAUGCCCUCAACAACUUGCCAGCACGCGAGCCUGUGGACAUUGAGUUCAAGGAGCUGUCGCUGACUGUGAACUUGGGCUUCAAUCGAGGAUCUAAGGAAAUUUUGCACAAUGUGUGUGGCAAGUUUCCUGGCAGUCAGCUUAUUGCCAUUAUGGGUCCCUCGGGUGCGGGCAAGUCCACCUUGCUGGAUGCACUUUCCGGUUUCAAGACCACCGGCGUGGAUGGUUCCAUAUUGCUGAAUGGUCGCAGGCGCGAUUUGCCCUCCUUCCGUCGCAUGUCCUGCUACAUAACACAGGAUGAUCGUCUGCAGCCACUGUUGACGGUGAACGAGAAUAUGCACAUAGCCGCAGACUUGAAAUUGGGUCAUACCGUGAGCUACGAGGAAAAGGAGAGCAGGAUUGAAGAUAUUCUGCUGCUCUUGGGGCUGUACGAUCACGAUCAGACACUCACAUUGCGCCUGUCAGGUGGUCAGAAGAAGAGGCUCUCCAUUGCCAUGGAGCUGAUCAAUAAUCCCACUGUUAUGUUUCUAGACGAACCCACCACUGGUUUGGACAGCAGCUCCUGCACCAAGGUUCUCGAGUUGCUCAAGAAACUCACCACCCAGGGCCGCACCAUCAUUUGCACCAUCCACCAGCCCACGGCCAAGCUAUUCCAGAUAUUCGAUCAGGUGUACGUGCUGUCGGCAGGCAACUGCGUUUACCAGGGUGGCACUGAGAAAUUGGUUCCUUUCCUGCAAGCAGUGGACCUGCCUUGUCCCAUGUAUCACAACCCCGCGGAUUAUAUUAUCGAACUGGCAUGCGGGGAGUAUGGCUAUGACAAGAUUGAUACGCUCAAAAGCGCCACGGAGAACGGUAGCUGCCUGACUUGGUUCAACAAUGCCAGUGCGGUGCUGCGCUCCGAGGCCUUGAUGCGAAAGUAUCCCAUACCCAAGCGCACCAAGAGCCACUCGUUGGAGGACACCAGCUACGCGAACCAGUGCUCGGUGCUGCUGCGGCGGGGCUACAUCAAGGCGCGCCGUGAUACGACCAUGACACAUCUCCGCAUUGGUGUUAACAUUGCUGUGGCGCUGCUCUUCGGUGCCAUGUACGAUCACACGGGUCGCGAGGGAUCGCGUGUGUUGGAUAAUUACAAUUUACUCUUUGCCAUAUUGAUGCACCACUCCAUGACCACGAUGAUGUUAACAGUUCUGACCUUCCCCAUUGAGAUGUCCAUUCUGAUCAAGGAACACUUCAACCGCUGGUACUCCAUGAAAGCUUACUACACAGCCAUGACACUCGUGGAUCUGCCCAUAUCGAUCAUCAGCUGCUUCCUAUUCACCUCAAUCGUUUAUCUGUGGAGCUACCAGCCCAUGGAGUGGGUUCGCUUCUGGAUUUUUGCCAUCAGUUUGCUGACUGUGUUCGUGGGCCAUAGCUUUGGGCUGAUGAUUGGUGCGUGGUUCGAUGUGACUAAUGGCACCUUCCUGGCUCCUGUGCUCACCAUUCCCAUGAUGAUGUUUGCUGGCUUCGGCGUGACGUUGCGGGACCUUCCCAGCUACUUGCGCUGGGGCAGUCACAUAUCAUAUUUAAGAUAUGGCCUGGAGGGCUUCAUAUCAGCCAUCUACGGCCUAGAUCGGGGAGUGCUAGAGUGCAAUGAGGCGCCAUAUUGCCAUUACAGGUAUCCAAAGAAAUUUCUGGAGGAGAUUACAAUGUCUGGCGAUCAGUUCUGGAACGAUGUCAUUGCGCUGUGUGCGAUGAUUCUCAUUUUCCGCUUCGCUUCCUAUGUCGUUCUCAAGGCGAAGAUUAAAUCCAUUCGAUGA